AUGGCAUUUAUAGUGUUGGUAGUGGCUAUUGGUGGUGUUCAUAUUAUUGGUCUUGGUGUUGGUGUUAAUAUUGAUGGUGUUGGUAUUAGUGGUGGUGUUAGUAUUGUGGGUGUUGGUGUCGGUGUUGGUGGCAUUAGCAUUGGUGGUAUUGGUCAUAGUGUUGGUAUUAGUAGUGGUAUUGGUAUUAGUGGUGUUGGUAGUGGUAUUGAUGUUGGUGUUUGUAUUGGUCGUAUUGGUAUUGGUCGUGUUGGUAUUGAUUCCCCAUCUGUUGCAACAAAUAUUUUAGCCGUUGCCAUAAAACAAACCAGUAGCAAGAUUGUUUUGAUCCCUUCGACAGGUUGUUCAUCUGUUUAA